AUGUCUCUUACUCAACGUGUAUUCUCUGACGCACUUCGUGAUAUGCAACGUGCAAUGGCUGCCUUUGAUCAGCCACUUUACAAUACAGCCCGCCGUUCCUUGUUGGGAAGCCCCGCCUCCUUAUUCAAUGGUAACACUACCGCUGGCAGCCUGUUCCGUUAUCCUGCAACAGACAUGGUGGAAACUCCUGAAUCGUACGAAUUGAGCGCUGAAUUACCUGGCUAUAACAAGGACAACAUCAAGAUUGAAUUAGCGGAUAGUCGUACGUUGGUUUUGUCGGGUACUGUGAACGAGUCAAAGGAAAUCAAGCCAUCUACUGCUACUGAAGAGGUGAAUGCCACUGCAUCCACAGAGGGUGCUGGCACAACCGCCACAGCAUCUGAGAGUACGCCAGAUGCCUCUGCUGCCAAUGAGGAGAAACAACUGACACAAAGGGCCUCAUCAGAAGUAGCUAAGCCAACUGAAAAUAGUCCUCAAUGGUGGGUCAAGGAACGAGUCUCUGGCUCGUUUACAAGAUCAUUUGCAUUCCCUACACCCAUCAAUAGUGAAAGCAUCAAGGCAUCCUUUGAUAAUGGCGUCCUCAAAGUUGUCAUUCCAAAGACUGCUCAAGAUCAAGCCAAGCAAAUCAAUAUUGAAUAA